GCCGGAGAUCCAAAAACAAAUCAUCAUGGCAGGCCCCAAGCAACACCCGGAUGACUCGGCUCUACAGUCCUUCUCCAGUAAACCACAGAAGACCAAGACACACAUGUUCUUUUCCUUUCUCUGGACCCAUCUCCUCUUCCUGCCAGUGGGGCUAGGAGCCUCUGAAAUGGACUCAACCCCAGCAGUGGUGCCCGGGAUUCUAGGGGGUUUGGUGAUUUUCCCCCUGAACAUUUCAGUAGACACAGAGUUUGAGAAUGUCGCCUGGAGUGGUCCCCAAGGCACUCUUGCUUUCGUAACUGCAGAAAAACAGAUUUUCAUCACAGCCAAAAGCUACCAGGACCGACUAAACAUCAGCUGGGACAGUUACUCCUUGCGUCUCAGCAGCCUGACUUUGGAAGAUGCUGGAUCCUACAAAGCCCAGAUAAACCGGAAGACUUCUGCAGUCACCACUGACAAGACAUUUAUACUGUACGUCUAUGAGCAGGUGCCAGAGCCUCAAGUCAUCAUGAAGUCUGUGAACAUGUCCGACAGUGGCUCCUGCAACAUUACCUUGAUUUGCUCUGUGGAGAGGGCAUGGACAAGUGUUCUGUACAGCUGGACCCUGCAGGACACCCAGGCUUCUGAAUCGCAGGAAGGCUCCACUGUCAUCAUCCACCGGACGCUGUGUGACCCAGACCUGCAAUACACCUGCACAGCCAGGAACCCGGUCAGCCAGAGCACCUCCAGCCCUGUCCGCACCCGGCAGUUCUGUAUAGCCCCAGGACCUUCAGGAGGAGAGUCAAUAGGGGAGACAGUAGUGGGGAUCCUGGGGGAGUCAGUCACCCUGCCCCUAACACUCUCGGCCAGUCACUCCGGAGAGAACGUCAUCUGGAUGUUUAACGCGUCUAUUAUCAGCAAAGAGCAGAAAGCAGCAGCAACAGCUGAUCCACUCAUGAAGUUCAAGGAUGCCAAUAUGAACUCCAGCCAAGACUACUCCCUGAUGAUUGGCCGGCUAAAGAUGGAGAAUGCUGGCCACUACCAUGCCUACGUGUGCUCCCAGGCCUCCGGAGUCAUCAGCACAAAGCACAUCACGCUGCAUGUCUAUGGGAGAUUGAAGAAGCCAAAAAUUACCUGGCAUCCUGGGCUUGCUAAGGAUGGUAUCUGCAGGGUCAACCUGACAUGCUCAGUGGAGGACAGUGGACACAACGUGACAUACAGAUGGGCCCCCCUACAAAAAGGAACCUUCGAGUCCCAAGAGGGACCUCACCUCAAUGUCUCUUGGACACGUGGUGCAAAUCACCCCAACAUCACAUGCAUCGCCAGCAACCCUGUCAGCAGCAGCUCCCAGCAGUUUCUUCCUGGCGACAUCUGUCCAGGGCCUGAGAGGAACACGGAGCUUUACACUGGACUCUUGAUAGCCAGCAUCCUGUUCUUUGGGAUCUUCAUCGGGUACAUUUGGAAGCGAAAAAUACCACGUUCAGACCCAGCCUCCAGCUCCAGCUCCACUGAAACCCCAGCAGACGCACCAGGGUGUCAGAAGCUGGACACUUUCUCUGAGACUGCCCAGCAACAGCACAGGCCCACCUCCGACAGCAGCUCUGACAGCAGUGAAACAACGGAGAAGGACCGGGAGAGGAUGGGCAUACCCAAGGCUGAGAAGCACCAUGAAUAUGACUUGCUCACUCAGGACACUGGAUCCGACUCAUCAUCUGAGGGGCAAGCAGAGUAUGAUCUUGUCACUCCAGAAAACAUGGUGCCUGCACCUGAGGACAACACAGUGUAUUUGCAAGUAGUCGUCAACUUGCAGGGAAAUACCCCAGUUCCUGAGCAGAAGGAGAGUUCAGCCACAGUCUACAGCUGUGUACAGAUACCUCAGAAGGUGGUGCCACCACCACAGCAGAAUGAUCCUGAGUCUUCUGAAAUCCCUACCUAUGAAAAUUUCACCUGAAAAGAAAAGCAGCUGCUGCUUCUCUCCCUGUAGUUGGAAAACCUCCUGGAGGGUGUAAGGCCUGGAGCUCUUAUAGACAGAAGCACUUCAGAACUGCCUUUAGUGUCUCCAAGAUACCUGAAUUUGACGCGCCCCCUUCCCUCCACCCCUGUGACUUCCCAAAUCUAUGAAUAGAUCAGACACAGGCUCCGUCUUGGAGUCCCCGGCCUUCAAGAAGUCCUUGCUCCAUCCGUCCCCUUGUGGGCUUCUACAGUUUGGAGGCACCAACUCAGGACUCUGCCACGACUGGUCCAGCGUUGUUGGAAGGACCCUGGACCUCCACCCCAUCUUCUAAACAGCUGCUAAAAUGAAUCCAAUGGUUAUUCUCACUCAAGGACACAAAGACCCAUGUAAAAUCAUGUCCACUGUAGUAUCUUGUUAAAUAAAAGGACAGAAACAA